AACGACUUUUAGUAUCAAAACCUAUGUCCGAUUCACAAGUUACGGACACGUUAUAUCACCACGGAUUUUGGACCUAAUACAGUGUCUAAAACAUACAGUACCACCACCAGCCACCAGAAGGGGAUUGCAGUCCAAUUUGUGACGGUGGUGUAUGGUAGCUGGGUCUGACAUGAUGCCCGGUCAGAUCCCUGACCCCUCCCUGACGGCCGGCUCCUUGCCCAGCCUGGGCCUGCUGGCCGGCAUAUCUGCCACCACGCUCACCGACCAGCUCAAACUGGCACAGGACUUCAGGAACCUGGGUGCCAUGUUGUCACCGCUGCAUAUCCUGGGACGGCUGGGCAAGAGGCCACUCACUGCUAUCAAGGGAGAGAUGGACGAGGAUGAUGAGAGGAGGAGACGGAGGAGAGAUAAGAACAAAGUGGCAGCAGCACGAUGUCGGAACAAGAAGAAGGAGAGAACAGACUUCCUCCAAAGGGAGUCGGAGCGUCUGGAGGUGGUGAACUCUGACCUAAAGGCCCAAAUCGAGGAGCUGAGGAUGGAGAGACAGCAGCUAAUGGUGAUGCUCAACCUCCACCGCCCCACCUGCAUCGUCCGCACCGACAGCGUCAAGACCCCUGAGAGCGAGGCCAACCCCCUGCUAGAACACCUGGCGGCUGAAAAGCUGGAGGCCUCUAAGUGAAACCACAGAGGGAAAGUGAAACCACAGAGGGAAAGUGAAACCACAGAGGGAAAGUGAAACCACAGAGGGAAAGUGAAACCACAGAGGGAAAGUGAAACCACAGAGGGAAAGUGAAACCACAGAGGGAAAGUGAAACCACAGAGGGAAAGUGAAACCACAGAGGGAAAG